CCAUGGCAGGGUGGGUAGACUGAGAUGAGCUUUAAAUCCCUUCCCACCCAAACCUUUCUGUAAUCUCAAAAAGAGGGAAAAAGCACAGACAAACCAGAAAGUGACAAUUUUGUGCCCUGACAUCAUAACCUAUUGGGGGAAUCAAAUCCCUUUCCUGUUGCUCUCCUCUCCAGCCCAGGCACAGGAGUUCACUUCAGGCUGUUGGCCAAAAGGAGCUGUUUUAUCCCCAACAUUCCUGUUCAUUCCUCACUCAUCCCAAGGAGAUUCCCUCUGCCCUUUGGCUGUUGGUGGAAGCACAAGCUGGGGGGGUUUCCAAAAGCCCCUCUGAGUAUUCCAGAGGGAACAAAAGCCCUGACAGCAUUUUGGGAUGCAGCAUCAUCCCCUUCCAAGGGCUGAGCCCCUGUGCUGGGUGGCAUCCCUCUGGGAAAGUUCUUUUCCAGGUGUUCAGUGAUGCUCAGCUGUGACACUUCAGCAGAGACAUUUCCAUGCCUGAGCAGCUCCUCAAAGGCCAUUCCCAACCUGCAGGGCCCAGCUCCAAAACUCCCUGGCUCCAUGGAGCCACUGGAAGUGAAAAUUCCAGAGAUCCCUGCCCAGAGGUGGGAAGGAGUUUGGCUGUGUUGGGAUGUGAAGUGGGAGGAGGAAGGAAGGAAGGCAAAUUGCUCAAGGUGAAGAGAGGCAAAUCCAGGGAAGGUGUGGGUGGAGUUGGAAGAGAAAUGGGGUGGAAAUUGGAAAGAUCACAAAGAUUUGGGCUGGGGGUGGACAAAAUCAUGGAAAAAUCACUUGGAGCAGCCCAUUGCCCUUGAGGGUGCUUGGAACUGUCUUGUGCCAUCCCAACCUCGCUCUGCUGUGCGUGGUCUUCUCUUUAUUGCUGGAUUUGGAGCAAAGGAAGAGAGAAGCAAUCUCUCCAGUGCCUGGAUUCCCAAAUGUGUCACAGCUCCACAGUCAAUCCCUGGAGGAUAUUCUUAGCAGCACGCGGCGCUCGCCUUCGGAGCCUUCACCGGGGCUUUGAUUCCCUGACUUUGAAGUGGGGCUGUUGUUGCUGGGAGGGGAUCUGGGAGCAGCAGUGCUGGAUUUCCUGGGGAGUAUCACCUUUCACAGCAGAGAGAAGUUGGUUUAUAUAAAUAACCUGGGUUUUGUUAGCAGAAAAAUAGAUAAAGGUAUACUCAAAAGUUGAGUCAGACAAGGAAAUAACUGGGAAAGCCUCACCUGGAUAAACCUCUUCUUGUUCAAGAUGAUUUUUGGAGCUUGAUCCAGCCCCUGUAGUGGUCUGAGCUCAGUGAGGUGCUGGAGGAGGAGAUGUUGGAGGGGAUUUCUCCUCCCCGAGGCAGGUGCAGUCUGAGCCUUGUCCCUGGUCCCCAGCACCUGUCACCUGCAGCCACUUCAGCCUGGACACCACAGCCAGUAGAGCCAGGAAUGCUCAUUUUAUCUGACAUUCCUUUCAGCUGAACAGGAGAGCUUUGAAAUCCAGCUCUUGGCUCAGGUUUUCCUGUCCAGCUUCUGAGGAGGCUUUUCCUUUCCCUGCUCCUCAGACAGGCAGGAAGGGGCAGAGUCUCCUGUCUGGCACAAUUUUACUUCUCAUGCUGGGAUGGGACAGUCAUGGCCUUGGAACAGCCUGGGGUCUGUGGGACAGAGCCUGAUCUGCUCCUGGGACUGCCUCAGGGUGUUUGGAGAUACAGAGAAGAUGCCUGGUGGGCUGUUGAGCUGCUCACAGUAUUUACUGAUCAUCAAAAAAGCACAGUGGCCUCUCUUGUACCCUCCUCCUUGCAUGGCUCUCCCCACAAAUCCACAUUUCAGUUUGCCUUUUCUUCCCCCCAGAGCCUCUGGGUCUCCAUCCCAGUUGGUUUUUUUCACCUCUCUCCUGGGUUGGUUUCUGCUCCAGCAGCUUCUCCUCCCUCUUUGGCUGGUGUUUGCAGCCUCCAGGCUCUGUCGUGGAGCAGAGGAUGCGAGAUGUCCUCAUCUGCCUCAGUGCAAUGGGUUGCCCAGAGAAGCAGUGGAAAUCCCAUCCCUGGAAGUGUCCAAGGCCAGGUUGAACAGGGCUUGGAGCACCCUGGGGUAGUGGAAGGUGUCCCUGGAUCGUGGGAGAUGUGGGGAUCCUUAUACACCAAAAACACCCGGUUUGUGCUCAGCCAGGGCUGCAGUACCUGGAAGCAAUUCUGAGCCCCAAUAAGUUGAGAUCCAUGGCUACGGUGCUAAUGUGCCGAAGAUUCCCCAGGCUGAGCAGGGUGACAGCGCUUUCGACCACAGCCGUGCGCAAGGCCGAGUGUGGAAGCAGCAAGAGCAAGAAGGAAAAGCGAGAUAAGCCAGGAGCAGCCAAGGCUGGGAGUGAACCCGGGGCUACAAUCCAGCUGCUGAAGCCUCAGGACUACAGAGUGUUGUAUGAUCCAGCUGCCCAAGGCAAAGGCAGGGCUGGCUCCCAGCAGCACGUGGAUAGGGACAGCAGGCAGGCCCUCGGUGACACCUUCACCGGCCCUGGCACCGUGCAGGCUCCAUGGACAUUCCCCACUGCCUCUUCCCAAGCUUUGUCACCCAUCAGGAAUGCUCUGCCCAAGUCCAGCCCACGCCUGGAGCAGACAGUCCUGGCCACGCUGUACAAGGAGGAAGCAGAGGAGGAAAAACGGGAAGGGCACGACUCCAAGGAGGACCCCCGCAUGUUCCAGAAAGGGAGGCCCGAGUACAGAUCUCUCAGCUGUGACAGAGCUGAGCCAGCACAGCCCCUCCCUGCAGAGGAGGGGGACUCGAUUUUACAGAGUGUGGCUGGGUGUGAGGGCAGCCCUGGGAUUCUCACGGAUUAUUUCCUCAAGCUGAGCCGUUUGCCGGCGGAGCGACGCGCGGCGCUGCCGUCCGAUCCCAGGUUCAGUGCCCUGUGUCACCGCGCUGCCACGGCCAUCAGGCUGUUCAGCACCCCAGAUCUCAUCCAGGUUUUAAAGGCUUGUGUCCCUUUGGCCGUGCCAGCCUCCCACCCCCUGCUCAACGCGUGCGAGGCCGAGUUCUGCCGGCGGGCGUGGGACAUGGGCCUGGAGCAGCUGCUGCUGGUGGCGGAUUGCUGGCGCUGCCUGGACCGCAGCGUGCCCUCCUACCUGGCCAUUCUGUUCAGCUAUGCCAACCUGCACUGGAAGGACUUCACCUUGCCCAGGUUUGUGCAGCUCCUUUACAUCAUCGGGGAAGGCCGAAGGUCGCCCGCGGAUUUGGUGCAGAAGGUGGAGAACACCAUCCUGAAACACUUGGACGCCUUCACCUUGGAGGAGCUGGGUGCCAUCUGCUUGGGGCUCUUCAAGUCCCUCAGUGGGAUCUCUGACCACGUCAUGAGGAGGAUUGCAGACAGGGUGUCCCUGCAGAUGGAGGACAUGAGCACCUACGCCUUGGUGAACGUGCUCAAGAUGCUCCGCUACACCCGCAUGGACCACCUGCCCCUCAUGAGGGAGCUCGGGAAGGUCAUUCCUGCUCGGAUUCCUGCAACAAACAUCCAGGGCAUCAUGCACAUCACUCUCACCUAUUCAUCCCUGCACUUCUUUGACGAGGAUGUUUUGACUGCUGUAGCCACCUCGUUGCCUUCCAAGGUGUCCUACUGCCGGAGCAAGGAUGCUGCCAAAUUCCUGUGGUCGUUUGGGUGCCUGGACUAUGAACCUCCCAACGAGGAGUUUUACUCCAGCCUGAUAAAGCAAUUGCAUGCAAAACUCCAUGAGUUCAGCAAGUUUCCAGAGCAUCUCCUUACUGCUCUGCUUGGCCUGGCAUUUGUCAAACGCUUCCCAGAGGAGCUGAUAGACUUUGCUUUGGGGGAGGAGUUUGUCCAGAAAACCAGAGGUAGCAAAUACGAGCUCGACAAGGACCUGUUCACCCUGGGUAGGAGCGUUGAAAUCGAGUGCCCGACCUACCAAGGCAGCCUCCUCCCACCUCAGCUUUGUCAAGAGUUCACUGAGAUGGUUUCAAGCUUUGCAGAACGGGAAAUCUACGUCAGGCCUGAAAUCUUGGAAGCCACAUCCCUCCUCGAGAGCAUGUUGGGAGGCCCUGAGUACGUGAAGAACCACAUGAUCCUGCCCCACACCAGGUCCAGUGACCUGGAGGUGCAUUUGGCCACCGAUGGACAUCCCAUCCCUUUCAAUUUCAAGGGUCCUGUGGCAGCCCAGAAGCUGAAAGACGUGGAAGUUAGUCUGACAGAUGAUUUAAUGGCUCAGCUCCUACAGGGGAGAGCUCAUAAGCAGAGUCCCACAGAAGUGGGAAAUGAAGCCAGGAUUCCCGGACAGGACGCAGCAGGAGCACCGUGCUGGGGUGCAGCCCUUCCUGCAGGUUCCAAAUCCCAGGCUGAGCCUAAAGCAGGGCGCUGGCAGCCUCGGGAAGUGAGGCUGGCACUGCAGGUGUCCAACAGGAACCACUUCUGCUACGGCUCCAAGCGGCUGCUGGGGCUGCACUGCCUGAAGCGGCGGCAGCUGCGGCUGCUGGGCUACGUGGUGGUGGAGAUUCCCUUCUGGGAAUGGUUCCCUCUGCUCAAGCGCACGCGCUCCGAGAAGCUCAGCUACCUCCACUACAAAGUGUUCUGCCCAGAGCUGCUCAGCAGGGCUGGCUAGUGGGGGCAAGGGCUUGCCCAGAGCCUCCCCAGUGCAUCUCCAUGGCUGGCACUGGCUGGAAUGGUCUCUGGGUGGUUGUUUCUGCUCUGGUGACGUCUCUACUUCCCGUGCUCUCCUUUUGUACCUGGAUCCUCAAAUGCUUCCAUUCAAAUAAAACCUACUAAUGAUUCA